AUGUACCGGACAAGGAAGAGGCAGCGAGCAUUGUCCUGCUGCAAAUCUCCCCGUUCCACCUUCCUCGCUCCUCAUUCCAGCUUCACCUGGUGAGUCUCCCCUCCCUCAUAUUCUUCCCUCUCCCUGCACACGCGAAGGAAGUUUUGAUUGAUUGUAAGGAUUCAAGUCGCUAUCUAGUUAUGGCGGCGAUUUCGAUCUACUCGACGUGAUCGAACCGCGGUGAUCGUCUUUGCUGUAGGCCUCUUGAAGUAAUUGCAUGUAAAGCAGAUGAAAUUCGAUAUGCGUAGCAUUAUAUUUCGUCCCGGUAUUUUUGGUCUUGAAUACUUAUGAUGUAACUUACACUGUAACUGAUUUAAUCAUACGAGCGCUUCGUUUUCCGCUUUCUCGUUUUGUGUCUCGCUUCUGUUGUUUAUCUUAGAUUAGCCUCUGGUUCCUCUUGGUUAGUUUGAAACUGGAAAAUAACAUUUUCCCCGUAUAACAAGUCAAGCGCACAUAUCUAAUUGUAAUUCCUCAUUUAUUUUUAUUAAUUAACUAAGACGCGGCAGCUGGAUGUCAAAUACAGUUUAUAUUUUAUAAUAAUAAUUUGAUGGUGAAUUCCAUGUAGUUGGUACCCUACGCUAAUAAAACGCAAUCACACACUUUACCGGAUAGUCCGACAGGGUCCAAGUACGUGAUAUAGUGCGAGAACUGAGGUCGUGUGGAAAAAUCACUGGGAUUUUUUGCCGUAGAUGUUCAUCGAUCAAAUCAUAAAAACCUUUCCGGCCGAUUGUUAAUUAAAUCUCACAGUUACAUGUUCAUUCCACGAAAUGCUCACAGUUACGACGACGACGUAUGGACGGAGAUAGCAAAAUAUCUGGACGGAAAGAGCCUGGCAAGGUUAGGGAUGACAAACCGGUGGUUUCGUAAAUUGAUCAAGGAGGAGAGCGUGUGGAAGUACGCCUGUCUCCGCGAUCUGCAGGUUCCAGCUUUACGCGCCGUUCAUGCUUCGUGGAUGAUGCUCUAUAUGUCGGCUUUUGGUAUGAAAUGGAAUGGAGCAUCCCUCUCCUCUCCCUCGCGACGGAGAAGUUUACUUAUUCUAUGUUUUGUUUUCUGUAGAUGGCAGACACUCGUACAGCUACCGUCAAAAGGAGAAGCACAUCGGUAAGUAGGCAAUGCUCGACAGUCGGCUCGAUGUCGUAAUCAACUAAUUCUUCUUUUGGACAGCCAUAUUUCGUCGGCGCAAAGUACCAGUGCUUGCUUUAUGCGAUGAAACCGUAUUAAAAUACUUGCUUCUCAUAAAUUGUAAAUUAGACUUCACUAAGUGAUUCACUAAUUUGCUUUGAAAACGUGAAAAUUAAGAAUUUCAAGAAUUUAUUUCACCACCAAUAUUUAUGGUUACGUUAAUCAUGUCAACCUGUCAAAACUUUCAGUAAUUAAGCAUCUCCUAGAACGUCCUGAAAAUUUGUUAUAUAUGUCAUUCGAAUUUUCUUUAAGAAACAAAGUCUUUUACCCACCCAUAGUGCAAUAUAUUCUACAUCAAUAAUUUUAACAUUUUUCUUUUAGUCUUCGCCUCAUAAUUCAAUAACCGAUACGGUACUCAAAAGUGUUUUCCGUAAUGAGUGUCGUUACUGUGUUCCCUUAGGGUACACACGUUUUUCUUUGCAGGGUUCAUUAAAGUAAUAUUUUUCAUAUUAUGGUAAAUUUUGACCAAUAUUCAUUAAUUUGGACACAAAAUUAUCCAUCAGUUAAUUCCUAUUAUCUUCUCAAUAAUGAAUUUCCACAGACUGGAUGCGGAUAGGCGCAUUCUUCUUCGAAUCCCCUAUGGCAAUACUGAUGGAGAAGCUCGUCGUUCCCAAGAGAAUCGCGCAGUUGUACGAUGAUCCACAGAAGGCUAUCCAGGGCUACGGCGGCUGCGUUGUGAAGAACGUCAAAACUGGGAUCUGGAUCGUCGGUAAUUCAAACUCCGCAAGUAGAAAACUAGAUCACAGAGAUCGUCUCGAGCCCCCCUCCCAGUUUUCACCAAAAAUUUGUCCUUAACCAAUCGAGACACUUUUAACAGACCUGCAGCUCGUUCGGUGCCCGGUGUGCAACCUGAAUACCUGUGAAGGUCCUUAAUUACUUUACUCAUACAAACUAACUUGUCAUCUACACGGUCCAGGAGGUGCUCUCAUUGCGCAUUCUCCCCCUCAUAAUCUUCCUCCCGGCGUUGGCUUCUCGCAGGAACGAUGCAGACGCUGGACGCGAGGCACGCUGAGCUGUUCCUCCAGGAGGGCUACAGGGUGGGGGACUGGGACUACGUUGACAUCGGAACUCACCGCGUGGACAAGCACCACACCGCCGCGUCGGGCGCCAUCUUCGACCUCAAGCACGUCAAGUCCCGCCAGACCGCCGGUGAGCUAUCGAACACCCUCCCAUACUCCCACAUUCUUUGCGCCGACACCCAACCUUGGCGAUUCUCUACGCCAUUGUUUGACGAAAACAACUGUCCCCGUGGCAGAUGUGCUGGAUCUCAAAGCUUGGGUGGGGAAACCCAACGAUUGGCAGCCCAAGGCGAGAAUCGGACACUACGGAGUAGCCGUCAACACCAAUCUACAGCCCAACGAAGGUAUACCAUCAAUCUUUAAACUCUGCUUAUAGAGCGCUUCGGCAAUAGAUAGCUUCGAGAGCCCGCUUUCCUUCCACCAGGCAUUAGCGUUAAGUACCAGGUGAUGAGAAGCGGAGGAGCAUCGGAGCCGGCGGUUUCCAUUAGAAUCUCGCAGCAACUUAUCUAG